AAAUUAUUAUUGACAUUAUUGUUGUAAUCGUAGUAUUGUCAAUUGUCAUACGCCACCAUUCACAAUUAUAAUAGCAUCUAAACACUAAUCCAUGUAUUUUUAUUUUACUAAUCACUUUCUAUAAUAGGUAUAUAACUACUUAAUACUUAUACAAUUACACUUGCAGUUGGAAAUCAGUAGCAAUAAGUCCAUAAUAAUCACCUUUGAAAAUACAAUGUUUUCUCUGAGUUUAUUCAAUGAUAUACUUCGACCGUUCAACACGUCAUAUAGAUGUUGGUCAGUAUCAAUGCUUCCGGGCAGUGAACGAGAAGAUGUUGAACGUGGUGGAAAAAUUAUAAUGCCUCCAUCCGCUCUGGACACUUUGACUCGGUUAAAUAUCAAUUAUCCAAUGUUGUUCAAACUUUCUAAUAAAAGAACUAACAGACAAACACACUGUGGUGUAUUGGAGUUUAUUGCAGAUGAAGAAAAAAUAUAUAUUCCUUACUGGAUGAUGAAAAACCUGUUACUAGAUGAAGGAGAUAUGGUGCAAGUUGAAAGUGUUUCAUUAGAAGUAGCCACUUUUUCGAAGUUUCAACCUCAAAAUUCUGAAUUUUUAGAUAUUACUAACCCAAAGGCUGUUUUAGAAAAUUGCUUGCGUAAUUUUGCUUGUCUGACAACUGGUGAUGUAAUAGCCAUAAAGUACAACCAAAAAAUUUAUGAGAUGUGUGUGUUAGAAACCAAACCAGGUAAUGCUGUUAGUAUUAUUGAAUGUGAUAUGAAUGUUGAAUUUGCUGCACCAGUUGGUUAUGAAGAGCCUAAGCAUGAAAAAAAAAUGGAUACAGAAGAGAUGAUGGUUGAUCCUGCUGAUUUAAUGCCAGAACCAACUGGUUUCAUGGCUUUUAAAGGUUCAGGCAAUAGAUUAGAUGGUAAAAAAAAGAAAGAAAAUGCUGAUGAUUCGCUGAAUCAAGUUAAAGCAGCAUACCAAAGAGGUAUUCCAGAUUAUAAUUAUACCUUAGGAACUAUACAGUUCUUAAGGAACAUCCGUCCUGUUAUUAAUGACAAAGAGAAUGAAAAUCAAGAUGAAUUUAAGCCAUUUGCUGGAUCUGGAUCAGUACUAAAAAAAAAAACAAAAAAAUAAUAAUAUAAAUUUGUUAUAAAACGUGUACAUAUUUGUUUAAUAUA